AUGUGGAACAGAUACCUUGUCUUCUGUCUCCUGCUUUUGCCAGCUUUUGUGAGUCGAACUGUGUAUGGACAAAGAAAGAAAGCACCAAAGCCAAAUUUAUUUGCAAGGAAAAAUGACCUCUGGGACUCCACCUGCUUCAUAGACAUUGUCUUCGUCGUGGACAGUUCUGAAAGUUCUAAAAUUGUCCUCUUUGAUAAACAGAAAGAGUUUGUGAAUAACUUGAGUGACAAGAUUUUCCAGUUGACUCCUGGUCGCUCCUUGAAAUAUGACAUCAGACUGGCAGCUCUUCAGUUCAGCAGCUCUGUACAAAUUGAUCCACCAUUUUCUUCUUGGAAGGACCUGCAGACUUUUAAGCAGAAGGUCAAGUCGAUGAAUUUCAUUGGGCAAGGCACCUUUUCUUAUUAUGCUAUCUCCAAUGCCACUAGGCUACUUAAGAGAGAGGGACGUAAAGAUGGUAUGAAAGUGACUUUACUGAUGACUGAUGGUAUCGACCAUCCAAAGAAUCCAGAUGUUCAAAGUAUUUCUGAAGAUGCCAGAGUUUCAGGAAUAUCAUUCAUCACCAUUGGACUUUCUACCAUCGUCAAUGAAGCCAAACUUCGUUUGAUCUCUGGGGAUGUAUCCAGUGAACCCAUUCUUCUACUGAGUGAUCCAACCCUUGUAGAUAAAAUUCGGGAUCGCCUGGAUAUCUUAUUUGAAAAGAAGUGUGAACGCAAGAUUUGUGAGUGUGAGAAAGGAGAUCCCGGCGACCCAGGGUCUCCUGGUACACAUGGAAACCCAGGUAUCAAAGGUGAGCGAGGACCAAAAGGGAACCCGGGUGAUGCUCAAAAAGGAGAGGCUGGAGAAAGAGGCCCCGGGGGAAUUCCUGGGUACAAGGGGGACAAGGGUGAACGUGGGGAAUGCGGUAAACCAGGAAUAAAAGGUGACAAAGGAUCCCCAGGGCCAUAUGGACCAAAGGGACCCAGAGGACUUCAGGGCAUCAGUGGACCUCCGGGGGACCCAGGCCCAAAAGGAAUUCAAGGCAAUAAGGGCGAGCCGGGUCCUCCUGGUCCUUAUGGUCCCCCGGGAGCUCCUGGAAUUGGACAGCAAGGCAUUAAGGGAGAAAGAGGCCAAGAAGGACGACUAGGUGCUCCAGGACCAAUUGGAAUUGGUGAGCCUGGACAACCAGGUCCCCGUGGUCCCGAAGGAGCACCAGGAGAGAGGGGCUUACCAGGAGAAGGAUUUCCAGGACCAAAGGGUGAAAAAGGUUCUGACGGACCAAUUGGCCCACAAGGAUUACAAGGCCUGUCUAUCAAAGGUGACAAGGGGGAUUUGGGACCUGUGGGACCCCAAGGACCAAUGGGCAUGCCCGGAAUUGGGAGUCAAGGGGAACAGGGAAUCCAAGGUCCUGUUGGUCCACCUGGUCCCCAAGGCCCCCCAGGACAAGGCUCACCUGGUUCUAAGGGAGAAGCAGGCCAAGUAGGACCUACGGGCCCCCGGGGACCGGUGGGCAUCGGAGUGCAAGGCCCAAAGGGGGAACCAGGCUCAGUAGGCCUCCCAGGACAGCCAGGAGUCCCAGGAGAAGAUGGAGCCACCGGGAAGAAGGGAGAAGCGGGGCUUCCAGGAGCAAGAGGCCCAGAAGGACCGCCAGGAAAAGGACAGCCUGGCCUCAAGGGUGAUGAAGGAAAGAAAGGAAACAAAGGAAAUCAAGGCCAGAGAGGAUUUCCGGGGCCCGAAGGACCAAAGGGUGAGCCGGGCAUUAUGGGCCCUUUUGGAAUGCCUGGAACAUCAAUUCCUGGACCACCUGGACCAAAGGGAGACAGAGGAGGGCUUGGGAUGCCAGGAUUUAAAGGAGAAUCUGGACUCUCUAUUCGAGGACCAAAGGGUGCUCCAGGCCCUCGGGGACCCGUGGGUGCUCCAGGACUCAAAGGCGACGGCUAUCCUGGUGUGACUGGACCUCGUGGAUUACCAGGACCCCCUGGGCCAAUGGGGUUACGUGGAGUGGGAGACACUGGGGCAAAGGGGGAGCCUGGGGUCAGAGGCCCUCCAGGCCCUUCUGGACCUCGGGGCAUAGGAACCCCAGGGCCAAAGGGUGACAUUGGGCAGAAAGGCUUGCCUGGCCCGCCUGGACCCCCUGGCCAUGGCUCACAAGGAAUUAAAGGUGAGCAAGGACCCCAAGGCUUUCCAGGGCCAAAGGGCACAAGGGGCCAUGGCCUCCCAGGCCAGAAGGGAGAGCACGGAGAGCGAGGUGACGUGGGAAAGAAGGGCGAGAAAGGGGAGAUUGGAGAGCCCGGCACGCCAGGAAGACAGGGAUUACACGGACCCAAAGGAGACCCAGGACUCACAAAAGAAGAAAUUAUCAAACUUAUUACUGAAAUAUGUGGGUGUGGUCCCAAAUGCAAGGAGAUGCCACUAGAGCUGGUGUUCGUGAUUGACAGCUCAGAAAGCGUGGGGCCAGAGAACUUCCAGAUCAUCAAAAAUUUUGUGAAGACUCUGGCUGACAAGGUCGCUCUGGACGUGGCCACAGCCCGCAUAGGUGUCAUCAACUACAGCCACAAGGUGGAAAAGGUGGCUGUUCUGAAGCAGUUCUCCAGCAAGGAUGACUUCAAGCUGGCUGUGGAUGACAUGCAGUACCUGGGGGAAGGCACGUACACGGCCACCGCUCUCCAGGCAGCCAACGACAUGUUCCAGGAUGCAAGGCCAAGUGUGAAGAAGGUAGCCUUGGUCAUCACUGAUGGGCAGACGGAUUCUCGAGAUAAAGUAAAACUGACGGAGGUGGUGAGAAACGCCAGUGAGGCCAACGUGGAGACAUUUGUCCUCGGGGUGGUGAAGAAAGAUGACCCCAACUUUGAAAUAUUCCACAAAGAAAUGAAUCUAAUCGCCACAGACCCAGAGCACGUUUAUCAAUUUGAUGAUUUCUUUACUCUCCAAGACACCUUGAAGCAAAAAUUGUUUACAAAAAUUUGUGAGGAUUUUGAUUCUUACCUCGUUCAAAUUUUUGGCUCAUCAUCACUUCAACCUGGACGUGGGCCAUCAAGGGAAAAAUUCAGCGAAUCAACUCCAGAGCCUCUAAAAGAAAUUUCCGAGUCACUCAGUGUCCCUGGAAACCAAGAUGAAGAGAAGAACAAGCCUCCAGAGCCCACCUGGUCCGAUGGCCUGUCCACCACUACCUCAGCCGAGCCCACCACCAUCCACGUGCCACUGCCCAGCAUCCCUAAGAAUGGGGCAGAGAAUCCUAGAUGUUUAGAAGCCUUGAUGCCUGGAAACUGUGACAAAUAUGUGGUUCGAUGGUAUUAUGACAAGCAAGUCAAUUCUUGUGCCCGUUUUUGGUUCAGUGGCUGUCAUGGCUCAGGGAACAGAUUCAACAAUGAAAGGGAAUGUCAAGACACCUGCAUUCAAGGAUGAGCAGGUAAAUCUAUCAUCUCCAUCCAAAGCCUAGAAAGAACCUCUGUAAUUUCAACAGAUCCACCCAAUACAAAGA